CGAACAACAUCAUCUGGGCUGAUAAACAAAAAGAGAAAUUACACAGCGCUGAAUCAAAGAAACUUAAGAAACGCAACCUUUAAAGCAAAAACUUACGCCUGCAACCUUCACAAAACACCGUGACUAGGUCGAAAAUGCUUUCACCGUAAUUCCCCGAACGUUUGUGACAAUUUUCAAUUUUUCUCCUCGGCGAAAUGAGCCUGAUGGUGUUGAAUCUGCACUCGGCGCAAUGCACGCAGAGUGAAAUCAACCUGCGACAGAUGGGCGAAAUCCUGCAGCGAGACCCUGACGCCCUCGGCAGACGUGCAGAGUUUUCCUUCUGCGGGCAACUGACGCCCCUGCAAAGCGCCAUUUACCGAAAGCACGAAGUUUGCGCCGAAUUCCUCAUCGACCGUGGUGCGGAUGUGAAUGCUGUGACAGGAACUGGAUGCCACACGGCCCUGUACAUUGCGGUCUAUAAAAAUUGCCUACCUUUGGUCGAGUUGCUGCUGAAAAGAGGCGCCUCGACGAACUGCCAACUUCAAACCUACGCAAACCCAAAGGGUGACCAAACAUCAUGUCGCUCUUGGUACUUCCAUUUGGCUGCCACUUUUGAUUUCCAGGACAUUGCCCAGAAACUAGUAGAGUUCGGCUCUGAAACUGAAGACUUUGACGAGCACACUGGUCUUCCAAUUUUGUAUGCUGCUGAGAUUGCUGCAGUCAAAGCAAGUCCAGAAAUUCUGCUGCUUGCCCUUCAGUAUGGCUCGAACAAUACUAAACGAGCCGUUUCAGAAGAGAUCUCUCUGGUGAUGGGUCCUUCGUUGGUGCUCAGCACAUUCAUCAACAAGUGGCCCAUCAACCCUAGUAGACUUAUAACAGUGUGGACAGUUUUGUCCAAGUUCGGACACAGCUUUUGGUGUAAAGACAGAAAGGGCAGGGACGCCAUGGGUUUGAUCUCAAGGAAACGCGCCAGAAAUUGUGUCAUGGAUCCACUCAAUGUUCCUGACAGUUUUUUCGACGAGUUGACAAAAGCACUGGAAGAAUUCAUGCGCACACCACUCCGAUUGCAAGACAUUUGCAGAAUUGCCAUCCGAAGGCAGAUGGGCCGUGGUGCCCAAAGCAAAAUUGAUCAAAUCACUGGAAUUCCUGCAAUUUUAAAAAGAUUCUUGAAAGUUGAGUUGCUGUGAUUUGUGAUAUUAGAGAAAAAACUGUCAGAUGUCAUUGUUAGUAUGAAUGUGUGCUUCGUAAUUUUUGUGUUGUUUUUACACUUUUGUAAGUCCGUUUUCAUUUUCCAAAAGGAGUUUUACGUGGAUACAGACACUAAGCGAAAAAAAAACCAAUGCUUGGGAAAUGAAUUAAAAUGUCAUUUGCUAAGUUGGUUUUGGAAAAAUAAAGAUUUCCUCUUAGGAAAUAUGAACAUUUUAAUUCAUUUUUGCAAGCUUUGGUUUUCUCGCUCAGUUGCUGAAUCAACUUAAAAUUUCUCAUGGAAAAGUGUCAGACGUCGCGCUUGUGUGAUAUUUAAAUUAGAUUAAAAGUAAGCUUAUUUUGCAAAAUUGGGUAAAAAGUGUAAAAACAAGAAAUGAAAUAUGCAAGUAAGCGAGACUAGCGAGAGUCAAAUUUCAAGAGAAUCAUCUGAUGCUUUCUGUGCCACUUAAAAGGACACAGGUCAAAAGACUUUGUAUUAGCCUGACUGUAAAAUUAAAAUUAAAAAAAAAAAUUAUUGUAUCGUUGCAUAUAUUUAUAUCUUCUAAAUUAUUUGUUAUAAUAAUAUGGCGCAUUCAGACUUUCAUUAUUAAAAUUAA